CACGUGACACGACGUAAUCAUACGAAGAUGGUGGAAGUUUCUUCUUCCUCGAAGUGAAGCCCAGACUGAAACCCAAACAUCCUGCACACCGAGGGCUGGGAGCUCAGCGCUGUGCCGCCAGUUCAGUUUGAAAAGCCUUUCUUCGGACUCGGGUACGUGAUGGACACACUUUUCUUUCUGUGGGAUCGGUGGUGUUUGUUUUUUACAGCCGCUGGACUUUGGGGUUUCCAGCCUGCCAUGAUGAUCACAGGAGCUAACAGUGGGUUAGCUGGUGUGGGACGGCAGCAGACUGUCAGGAGACCAGCUGAGGUUCAACAUGUGCUGAGAAACUCCUGAGAGAUCAGACUCUGUGAAAUCCUCUCUGUAAACUGGGCUAUUUGACAGCUAACCUGAACAUAUUGUUCCUAACUGCAGGGCUAACCCAGCUAACUCGAUCUCCACUUAGAUUUAAUUAUGUAAUCUGAAAUGACCAAACUGAGUUUUAAAGGAACGAGGAUUAUCAAUGAGUGAUCACUGUCAAUAAUUGAUAGGCUGUUUACAGAUCUACAGAUGCUGCUUAGUUAGGAAAUAUGGGAUGACAAGUGAAUUUGUGGAACAGCAGAUCUAUAUGAAACAUUUGACACUGAAAAAAAACAAGAAAAUCAGGAUAUUAGGAGCCUGAAAAAAUAUGAAAUUAAGAGAAAGCAGGACACAUAAACGCAAACUGUUUUAUAUUAUAAACAAAAAUAACUUCUAUGUUUAGUUUGUCACAUUUAUGCGACAGUAGGCUAGAUGGUGAGUCUCAUUUCCCCUUGGUUUCAGCUACUCAGUUUGGUAAAGAUGUUUUUCAUGUUUAUUAAAAUAAUCUUAAAUCAUAUCAAAUAUAACCUUUUUUUUUAUUUAAUGGGACAUUAUAAUGUAUCCCUAACAUUGAACAUGGAAAAGAAAAAAACAAUGACAUAGACCUAAAAUACUAGAGAAUAUUAAAAACUAGUGAUGUCUGUUUAAGGGUCAGUGACAAAUAAGGGUUUGCAUCAUGAGUAAUUAAAAAUGUUUUAAUAAUUUGUUUUAAAGUUUGCAUUAGGUUUGCAUAGAUGUAUAUUUUUUAUCUCUGUUGGCUUUGUAUAAUUUCAAAUAGCAUUUAAACCUUUUUUUAUUUUUCAAAAUGAAUGAUGUAUUUCCCUUGAAAAUGUCAAGUGGUGUAACCACAACAAAAGGGUAAAUAUUUAAUACUUAUUUCCACCUAUAGUGUAUGCAAGUGUACUUAUAAAAAGUGACUUAAUUAUAAUAUAUCAGUUAAAUUUUGUUGGUUUUUUUUUUACAAAAAAUUUGGGUGCAUUUUUGGAAUAUAGAGCAAGAAAAAUGCUGAAAACUUUGGUCUAAAAAAAUUGUCCUUUUUUGAACAAGUUGAAAUAUUUGGUACUGUGUUUUUAUGGUUACACCACAUUGACUUUUUUUUCCAUUAUUCCCAAAAUAUUCUCUCAAAAUGGAUAAAAUCCAGAAAUUUUAGACAAGGUCUUCAAAGAGAAUGUACCCUAGUAAUUGGUGAGUUUAUUUUUAAUUUUAGCUUUUUAAAAUUUAAGUAAACCAUGGGAACAUUAAAAAACUGUCACGUCAUUGACCCUUAAACAGUUUCUAUUGCCCCCUUUCUUAAGCGCUAAGCUCUUAGUACAGAAUCUGAAUUUUAAUUUGUGUGGCCCUUUUUAACAAGAAAGUUAGUUUUUGUUUCCAUAUUAAACAAUCAGAUUCAAAAUCCACCUUUUUGUUAUGAUCUUAUCCUGCCCAACAUAGAAAGAAACCCAACCAGCCAGUCUUUGGAAGAAAUACACUGAACUAAAGUUAUCAUGUUCAGGUUCUGAUGACCUUAAUGUCAGGGACGUAAGAAACUACAAACAUAACGAUGGUAUCAGCAGACGAUAGCAUGAAACAUCUUACACAUGUAAACAAUGAGGAAUGGAUAAAAGGCUGUUGGCUUUGGCAAAAAUGAGGUCAGACCUAUCCUCAAGUCUGCAGAAAUUCAAUAUUUAGUCCCUUAUAACUGCUUUUUUUCUUUUGCUGGCUGCUUGUGCUCAUAUGGAAAGUCCAUCUAUCCCUGCCUAACAUUUCCAUUUGUUAUUUGAUGUUGCUGUUAAACUGAAAUGCCAUAUUUAACAUCAAAGAAGGGACUCGAUGAAAAUGACAUGAAUAUUGUUCAUUUAAGUACAUGGAUGCAGUUGAAGUGUAGUUUCUUCUUCAGUGAGACUAAAGUGAUGAGUUGUAGUAAUUUUGCUGAUAUAAGCACAGUGGAUGGAUUUCUCUGUCUUUGCUGUUGAGGACCACAGUUCUUGCUUUGCAGCAGCUGCUCUGACCACAUAGUUGGUCUCCAGGCCUAAUUGUAAGUUAUGUGGGAGACACAGAUGAGCAAAGAAAGGAGAGACAAUGAUUUAUUUGUCACAGUUGUCUGCUUGGCAAGGUUGGCUGUGUUGGUUUGUGUCCUUGUCUGUCACUGUUGUCUGGUGACUGAGCACCAAGGCUGAGUGCUGCUCUCCUGUCUGCUGUUGUGGGUGGCUGUCUUGUUAGGGGAGGUCUCAAAUCAUCCAAUAAGAUCCCCUCACAUAAAAAAAACAAGAUAUGGGUUUGAUUUUAGACACAGGCCCAAUGAUCUAUCACAGUGGUUCUCAAGUCCAGUCCUCGAGGCCCACUGUCCUGCAUGUUUUGGAUGUUUUCCUGCUCCAACACACCUGAUUCAAAUGAUCAGCUCGUUAUCAAGCUCUGUAAUGGCUUAAUAACGAGCUGAUCAUUUGAAUCAGGUGUGUUGGAGCAGGGAAACAUCCAAAACAUGCAGGACAGUGGGCCUCAAGGACUGGGCUUGAGAACCACUGAUCUAUCACAUGGUAAUGUUCAGUAAUUUAGAGUGUAUAUGUUAUUUCUGUGUAAUAGGAAAAAAAAAAACACAGGGGUGACUGAUUACUGCACCCAAACUACUCUGUGCUUUUCAAACACACUAAUGAAGAUAAUAAAAGUUUGAGUCAAGGAGAAAAAAAAAGCCUUAAGAUAAUUUUUCCUGCAGAGCUCGCCUGACUUCAUAUUUUUACAAAUCUGUAACUGCAUGAUGAGUUGUGCACGUUUUCUACAACUUCAGAGACAAGCAACAUGGUCUAGAACAUCUACCGGAACCUAGAAGAGCUGAAAUAAAUCUAUCCUUUCAUCCCUUGAAACAGCUCAUUAGGUGUCUGAUGAGGUAAAAACUAAAGCACAACCUGUCAGAGUGUGGGCAGGGAUUCGCAUCAGGUAUCUUCAGUGUUUUUCCCUUGAAACAUCAUGAUAGGAAAUCUUAUUGCGAUAAUUUGAUCAUCUGUGGGUAAUUUGUGCAGUCUCUAGGUUUAUUAGGGAUGUUGAUUAUAUGCUUAGUUUUGGGGUAAACUGUUUAUUAAUGUAACUAUAAUCUAAAGGGGAUGAAGCCUGGAGGAAUUAAACAGUGUUUUCAGGUCUUUUUAAAGUGGUUUUAUUCAGGGAAGAUUGUUGAAGGCUGUCUGUUCAGCUGCACAACACCCUCAAAGAGGGAGAGAGAAACACGGUCUGGCUCUAUAGCUGAGGAAAUGGAGUAAAUUGAACUCAAAUUCAAUUUAAAAUGCCUCACAGCCUCACAAACAUCAUUUGCAGGGCUGUGUUUGGAUGACGUUUCUCAGCUUGUUGGUAAAAAAAAAGAAAAAAAAAAAAAAAACAAGCUUGAUAUUCAGCAAGCAUCCUCAACUACAAGACGUAAACCGGCCUGCUUGCAGGGCUGCAAUGUCAGCAGAUGCAAUUAAUUAUUGACAGAGACUAAAGCAGAAGCCGAAGGGGAAGUUUACCCAGAAGCUCAUCUCUUUCUUCUGCUCUGCCAUGUGCAGAAAGGACGAGACAGACUGAGGAGCAUGCAUAAUUCAGGGAGGCAUGGAGGUAGCAGACCUGAUUCUGGGAAGCAUUGCAGGACCUGAUUCCUGAGCCAUCGAGACUGCGACUUGUAUUUUAAGGUUUCCCAUCUGUUGGCAUGCUGUGUUUUUAAUUUCAAGCAGGAGAAUGUGGCUCAGUCUCUGUUUUCUUUAUUAAAAGCAUAAAUUAUUCACUAAAAAGGAAUCGGAGCUGUUGUCAUUGCCUCUCAAAGCUAUAUUCCUGUUACAGCUACAGCAAACUUAGUGAAAGCUUUCCCUUUUUAAGGAUGAAAGUAUAAUUAUCGUGAAGUGGGCCUAUCUAGUAGAUUGGCAGCUCUCUCUCUUAGAACUGCUAUUCUACAUCAAUAUUUCAAAGGCUGUAUACCAGUUAUAGUUCAUGACAAGAGAAAAACAUACAUUUCUGCAGAACCUUUAUUGUCUCAGUGAAAACCAAAGAAGACUCAAAUCUGAGGGUUUAUUAAAAGUUUGACUUUUUAUAGCAGCUGAUUCAUGGGCUUUUAUUUGAGUUACUCAUAAGGCAUCCUUGGAUUUGUUUAAAACUGAUGAACUUGGGAUGGGACUUCUUGAGAUUGACAAUCAGACUGAUGGUGUUAAAGAAGUGUUGUUUUGCUCCUGCUUGUGUCAUCUGGUUUUUCACAAGCAUCUCAAAUGGCUACUUUCUGUCUGUUUCUGACACUUCAAAAUACUUCAGUCUGUUGGCAUGUUGAGGCUGGUUUUUAGUGUGCGUACGCUGCAACUGUGCACAAUCAAUGCAUCACAUUAUUUGCAGUAUUUUCGAAGAGGUCUGCAAAUACCAAUGAUUAGGGGUGGGAGAAAAAAAACGAUACAGCAUUGAAUCGCAAUAUUUUGUCUGGUGAUAUAUCUUAUCGUCUCAUUUACCAAUUAUCUUAAUUAAUUGCUAAUAUGAAGUCAAAUCUAUCAUAAUGGAAAAAGAAAAUCAACUGUUUGUCCAGUGAGGAUGGCAGAGGUGACAUCAUAGAGCAGGAGAAAGUUAGUGCAACAAAUAUAGCAGCACCUGGGGAAAGACAUUAGGAAUGCAAGCAGGGCACAAAUGAGAUGGACCUGACACAUAAGGUUUGCAAGAUGUGCUACCUGAAAAUAAAAUCCUGUGUAAACAAGACUAACAUAAAGGAAAGACAAAUGCUAAAUUAGCUAAACAGCUAAAAAUAUUGUAGAAGUCCCAAUAUUUUGAAUCGCAAUACUCACUAUAUUGCAAAAUGUUUAAAAUCGAAAAUCAACAUCGUAUCAUGAAUAUCGUAUCAUGGCUCAAGUAUCGUGGUAAUAUCAUAUUGUGGCUCAAGUAUCGUGAUAAUAUAUUGUGGCUCAAGUAUCGUGAUAAUAUCAUAUUGAGGCUCAAGUAUCGCGAUAAUAUUGUAUCAUGGCUCAAGUAUUGUGACAUUAUCUUAUCAUGGCUCAAAUAUCGUGGUAAUAUCAUAUUGUGGCUCAAGUAUCGUGACAUUAUCGUAUCAUGGCUGAAAUAUCGUGAUAAUAUCAUAUUGUGGCUCAAGUAUCGCUAUAAUAUAAUGAUUAACUUUCUCACCUUUUUCUGCAGAUACUGACGUAAUAUUCAUAUCAUGCACCCUGAGUAGAAGUGGAUGAUUUGUGUCGAGGUAAAACUGUGAAAAUAAAAGAGAACCAAAGGGGAGGGAAAAAAGUCUGACAGAUGUGCUGUCCAAAUACAUCAGUAUCAUUGAAUCUUUUUGUAGUGUCAUUUAGGAUGGAAAAAGUGUUUUUAGUUGAGAGCGAUAAAGGUGAUGGAGGAAACUCAUUCAAACAUUUAUGGAAGUGUGUGUCAGAGUUACAGUAAUGACACCGGGUUCUAAACGAACAUUUCCACCAUCUUCUCAACACGGUUUAACAGCAAUCACAGUGGCUGGGCUUUUUGCAGCGUCUGCAGACAUGAGUUUAUUUAUUUUUUCUACCAGUCUCAUGAGCGUCAGUAUCUGAUGAUCUUUAAAGGCCAUCAAUUGGCUGACAGAUUUAUUAGCAUACCAGUAUUUUCUGCCAUUUCACUCAUAUCAGUGCAGGAUAGGCCUACCACUGUGUCAUUCAGUGAAAAUACAAACUUUGACAGAAAGGAGAAGAGUGUUUACGGCAGUAUUGCUGUUCAAAAUAUGAACCUCCAUAUUGCGUGAAGUUGUUGACAGUUGUGUAAACAGUUUAGUGUCUCUGUUUGCACUCGGGCUUGUUCAGCUGUCAGACACAGAAGUGAAGCCUGUAUUUCAGAGUCAGUUUAAAGUGCUCUGUUGUGGGUUGAAAUUUAGUGUCUCAGCUCUUCUUCAUGUGCAGGGUUGGUCUGCAGGUCUUCAUGACCUUGGGUUUGCAGAGACCUCAUAAAGCAUCCUCUCGUCUUCCUUUGAGAAGCUCUUAUUUUCUCAGUCCUCACACUGAUAAAUGAGAAACUGCGACUCUGGAGAGCAGAGGGCAGAUAGGACGGCUAAGUGGGGGCGCCUCAUUUAUCUAUGAAAACAGAGAGGAUCCUUUCUGAUUAAAAUUUGACUUCUGUCUUUGGUUGCUGAGAGGGUUUUAGGAUACAGCCACACAAAGUUGGACUCUAUCUGUCUGGCUUCAUGUUUUCACUAUACAAAACCAUGCUUCAGAUCCCCUUUUAAAGGAGAUAGCAGCUUUUAUGAAAAAAUCUACUUACUGCCUCAAACUAACAUCCCAACCAAGUCAUAAGUCUGUUUUUGCUUUAUAGGGUGGAUUUAGUUAAUUUUGUUUUCGUGUACUGGGAUUAAAUCCAGCUCAGUGCAGGUGCUUUCUUGUUGCAGUCUCUUAUCCUGUACUUUCUUUCUUGAAAAUUUCUAUUUGAUGUUUUUGCAUUUCUGGAUUUGAUUCAGUGAACCUGGAAUAAGCUGUAUUUGUUGUUCUUCUUCUGUGUAGAAACUAGGGCUGCAUGAUUUUGGCCAAAAAUAAAAUCCAGAUUUUUUUUCUCAGAAAAGUCCAUUUUCAAUUUCAGUUUUUUAUUCAGUGACAACCUCACCAAACUUUGAUAAUAAGUUUUUACACUGUGUGUCACAUUAUCAUUUCGAGAGAUGCAGAUAGGCAUCCACACAGAGAUGAAAUGGUAGUCAUUUACGGAUUUAUGUAUUCUCUUGUCCUAUUUAGCCACGAAAUUCUUGCCUUCUUUUGCAAACGCCAUGUCUGUUUACACUGGUGUGUGUGGGAAGUGGGGAGCGCUCCUGCAGGAAUGAAGAGCCUAUGUUGGCCUGGAGGCGCGAGACAUGAUAGAGAAGAAAAUCAAUGUGACGAUUUUAAUCUUUUUUUCAUUCUCAUAAUCAAAUAAUCUGAUUAUGAUUUAAAAUUGAAUUAACGUGUAGCCCUAGUAGAAACUAGUUGAGUAUCUUGUUGGAAAUACUUCUUUAUUCCAGUGUGAAGGUUUUUUUUUUUACUGUGGAAUUAUUUCUCAGAUUCUGCGUUUGCUGCUAUAACACCACACUUUCCCAGUUUGGGAUUAUUUGAAGGUUUUAAUUUUCUUUUUCUUUUUUUGUUGUUCAGUUAAUAGAAGGUUUUUUAAGGCCACUCUAACCUGCUAAAUGCUGCCAAGUGCUUUUCUCAUGUUGGAUUAGUGUUUGGGUCGGGUCAAAGACUACAGUCUUGACCUGCACUUUUGUGAAGUCUAUUCAGAUACCUUUUGUUAUGAAUUGGUGCCUCAUGACUGAUGAUCUUUAUUGGAAUAUUAUCAAUCUUUUUUAGCAGUAUAAGGGAUGAUAGCUUGUCCUCAGUGAAAUGAAAUUCAUGAGCUGAGCAGGUUCACACCUGGGUGCAUGUGAGGUAAUUUUGGGCAGAAGGACAACAACUUUAUUUGGAUGAUGUCUCCAAUACUGGGAGUAAAUGUGUGUUAUUGUUGCUGAUGUGUUCACUCUGUCAGCCUGUAAGAGUGACAAUCUAAUCAUGAAUGUGCUGCUCUAUUAUUCAUGUGGAUAUGGACUGAAACUUUAUUCAAACCCUGAAUAGAAACUGGUUUUAGGAACUAAGUGGAUUUAGCAAGUGCAGCUUAAAGCCCUUAAAUAUGAAGAAAGGCUUGCACAAAGAUUUUUUCUUGUUAAUUGUUUGAAGUGUUUUUUUUUUUCCAAGUCUGUCAUAUAAGGAGCUAAAAAUACCUGAUCGUAAUGACCUGGUGUGUUUGCUGCAAAUGGGAGGCAGCCUUAGAAGACAAUUUGUCACCAGACUAAUGAUGUGUUGUCUGCGCCACAGGCUUUUAUCCCAGCCCUAUGUCAUGGCCAGUGGAGUCACUAGGACGGGCACCUCCAAUGGUUACCCUAUGAAGGCACAGCUACAAAUCAUCGGUAAGUCAUCCCAGUCAAGAUCAUCUAUCAGGAUGAACUUCACUGAAAAAACAAUAAGAUCUUUUCCUGUAAAAGAAGGGAAUUAAAGAUGUGUAAACAGCGUGUGCUGGAAAAAGGACUGAAAAAAAGUGACAAUUUUCUUGUGUUUUGUUACGUUAUUGUCCCUUUUCAUCCGUCUUCCCGCGCCAGCAUGGCUGACUCUUCUCUUGCUCUAUUUCCUCUCCCUAUCUUUCUGUUUCAGUGCUAUCAGCAAAACUAAAAGAGAACAAGAAAAACUGGUUUGGUCCAAGUCCGUAUGUGGAAGUGACGGUCGACGGCCAGUCCAAGAAGACUGAGAAAUGCAACAACACCCACAGCCCCAAAUGGAAGCAGCCGCUCACUGUGUAAGUCUGAGCAGGAUUAAACCCCACAUGAUGCUCUGCCACAUUUAUGAUCUUUUACUGUUUCAUUAUUCUGCUGCUGGAGAUUUGACUGGAUCCAGACCUGUGUUGAAGAGAAUUUAAGAUUCAGACUAUUGGUCUGUCUGUCCCCUGUGUGUCACAUUAGACACAGAUUGACUUUUAAUGUUGGAACAUUUGCAGGAAACGUCUUUGCAGGCUCCUUCCUGAGCUUUGAUAGACAUCUUACCCCAAUUAUUAGUCACCCAGUUCCUUUAAAUGUCACCGGUCUGGUAUUACAGGAAGCUCAAAACAGCCUGAACUCAUGUUUUACAGAAGCUGUCGCAAUGAAGUGCAACUGAAAGCACUUUUUCUUUUUGUCAGUCUUUUGUUGUGUUUGUUGACUGUUCAGGGAUCUAAUACUCUUAUUCUUAGGUGAUCGAGCUUUACAGACACAGUGUAAGAAAAACGAAGACAAUGUAGUGACAGUUUUAACAGCUGCAUUAAGUUAUUUAUCUCGAGUGCUGCAGUGUGUGUACAGUUUGUAGAGAAGCUUUUAAAGACAACACAAAAAAUGCACAGAAUAAUCAUUAUAACCCAAUAAUAUCUUCAUGUAUUUUUGACCCACAUGCAUGAAGUAACCCCAGGAUGAGACUACAGGUUGCUUUGAAGAGUUUUCUCAAGAAGUGAGAUGUGAUUAUGCAAGAAGGGCGUAAAAUUUGCUGAAACUGUGACACCACCAAUCUGUGAAUCUCCUGGAAAGAGUGCAUUAAAGUUUCUGUAGGGAACUUUUAACUAGAUUUUUAAAGGUAUCUCAUAUCUCCUGAUAUGUCUGUGUCACCUAUAACAGCAAAUAAGCCCAUCGGAGGGAAGAUAAGAUAUUUUUAAAUCGUGUACGUAACUCCUACUUUCAAUAUUCGUUGGUCAGGUCUGCCUUACUGACGAAAAGAUUUACGGUACGCAGGCCAGAAGUUAUGGCACUUAGACAGGGACACAAGAGGAGCAGUGAGUUGUUGCUAAGCUAGCCAAUGAAAACAGAGCAAAAGCAAUGAAAAAGAUGAAAAAGAAAACAAAUUAGAAUAGAAGAACAAAUAAAAGCAAAAAGGGAAUUUGAUCGAGCAAGGGCAAAAAUGAGGAUAAACAUUGGUAAUUCCUUCAUGAGGUGGAGAGAGUUGCAGGACUUGAAGGGAUUCAAGUCGGAUCCUGAAUUUGUCCAAUUCCUCCUAGACGGGUAACGUAAACUACGCUUCUUUUCACGGCUGGCUCAUUGAUAUGAAGAUAUAACAUUACCAGGGAAAGCUGACAACUUUAGCUUUACAUACUAAUCUAUGGCUGAGUUAUCUAAUCUGUUUGUUGUAGGUUUACUGUUACGAAUGGGACGUUACAUAAAUUUCCCUUUGGGGAUCAAUAAAGUUAUUCUUAUUCUUAUUCUAGGCUAAAAAUACAAGUCACAAUAAUACAAUGUUACUUUGUUUCACCAGCGGCAAAUUAUAUUUCCUAGAAAUGCAAAUAUAUACAUCACCUCAUCACUGCGCAUCCUGUAGAUAGCCAACAAAAAAAAAAAAAAAAGUAUUUAGAGUACCGCUAUGUCUCAUCUUGUUUCAUUUGCCUUCAAAACAGCUACACACCAGACCAAAGACCUUGUAAUUGUCUUCACGACACUACACGCAAGAGCUCAUGGGAAAUGCAGUCAUCAUGUGUUGGAUGUGGAGGAUGUGUUUGUGGCAUGGUAACAGUGGAGAAGGCUUCCAGAGUGCUGCACGGAGCCUUUAAGAGACAGUAGCUAAAUUGAAGAAUUAAGUAAAGAUUUUUUUUGAGCAGUUGGGCACCUAAAGCUUCUACAAAGCCACAAGAGCAGCAUUAUGAAGGGUGAAAAUGGGCACAGUACCUCCUGUUGGGGGUGGAAAAUGAAAGUGUGUUUGUUUUUUUUCUCUGGAAAGUACGAAUAAAACCACAACAGCAACAGGAAGUGGUUUUCAUGUGUUGUGCAUUGAGAGUUAAAUAUAUUUGCUUAAUCUUCCCGUGCUGUGUUUUACUGCUGCGGUAUGUAAGAGUGUUUAUGUGGUUCAGAGAUAGACCUCUGUGGCCAAAGGGGGGACACUUAAAUCCGAUAUCUGGUUGCCAAUAGCCUUUUUUUUAUUUUUAUUUUUAAGGCCAUGGUUCAUGUUGCAGCCUGCUGCUUGUGUCACUGUAUGAGAUGCCGCUUAAAUCAAAUGUGCAAACACUUCUAUAAGCACAGGGUCUCUGGUGGCUCUUCAUGAGGCUUCUUGUUGACUGAACCACAGAUGGAUUUGCGCAGUUAUCUGAACCAUUGUGGUUAUUUGAGGUUUGGCUUUGAGGAGGAAGCUUAUCUGAAGGAAACGCUGACUCUGGUAUUUGCUGUUGCAUGCCCUAAGUUGCACAGAAAAGGGAGUUUUUCCAGAGUAUACAAAAAUCACUUCCGUAUAGUUGUGCAAAAGUGCUGGUGACACAUCAGAUUUCGGUUAUCUACCAACCUGACGUGUUUUUUUUUUCUAAAUGGCUCAUCCUCAUUGUGUUUCAUAACUCUGAGUGGAGGAUAAUUGUGUUUGUACAGUGUAAAGUACAGAUUUGAUUUCUCUGAGUGGUUGGCACAUGGAGGGAAAAUGCCACACACUGGUGAGGGAGCGUGUCUGGUUCAUUUACAGGAACCCUGUUUCUAAACAUACGCCGUACACUGAGUGCGCUCACACAGUCCAGCAUUUUCACACCUCAGAUGUCCUCUUAAUUUUAGCCUGUCCACGAUCCUCUGCCGUGGACAGCGCCCUUCUUAAUAUAGACUUCUCCUACAGUUUCUCUUGGACUCGUGGCUGCAGAGGUUUUACAUAACCAGUGUUUACUAUGGGAUGUAAUCGGACCCGUACCCGUGUGUCCACAAAUGCUUUUGUCCUGGGGCUGCUGAGGGUGCAAGCUAUCGAAACAACUGUCACAGUGAUAGUCAUAGACUCUCGCUGUCCCCAAAUAGCUUUUGAACUUUGUUGUGUGACGACUGCUUUUGUAAAAAUGCUGCUGAACUUGCUGGCUGCAGACGACAGUGUGAACCAAUUUUAUUCCAUUUUAAAGUUUUUUUUUAAUUAAUUUGCAUGUUUUUAGUCAGUAACUUUUUAGAAGGAUGUUUGCAUUGUUUUUCUUUGGUAUUUUUUAUCUGAGGCACUGUUCAGAAUUAUUCUGCUGUCAGGAAAUCCCCUGUCGUUCAUAAAGUGCUGCCACCUUUUGGCAACUGCACCAAUGUUGUGCAUUUAACAGUGUCUCAGAAUUUUGCAGGGAAUCAAAAAGCAGACCCUAAUGUUCUGAAAAGAUCCUCAGAUACUGGUGCAUCACCUGAAUGUACAUGAGAAAUACAUGCAUAAAGAAAGAAAACCAGUGCUUCAAACAGCAGACUGCGAUUGAGAAAAUGAUCAAAUCUGCAGAGUGAGGUCUCUGAGAAAAUGUCUGACCCAAUCCUCUUCAGAGAAAAACACUCCUUCCUUUCUGUCACUCAAAAGUGUUAAUUCAGUCCAUGGUAUAUCUGACUCUCUUUGUUUUUACAGGAUUGUGACUCCCUUCAGCAAACUGGUGUUUCGAGUAUGGAGCCACCAGACCCUGAAGUCAGACGUGUUGCUCGGCAUAGCCACACUGAACGUCACCGACACGCUCAAGUCCAACGACAUGAAAAGUGAGUGAAUACACAAAAGACGCACAAAUAGGUGCUUUUCUGCACCUGUGCAAAAAGAAAAGUGCAUGGCUCUGCAGUUGUGGAUGUUUUUACGUUUCAAGAUGUGUGGCAGCACAAACAAUGAUAUGAGAACUCCAGUCAUUAAACAAUCAAACCUCAGUUUGAUGAUUUUCUAAAUACACGGCUUCACUGAUAUUACUCUUUUGUUGUCAGUAUUAUGAUUUAUUGUUCUGUUGCGUCAUGUGCAUGAGAAUUUUUCAUUUUUGGGCUUGUCAGAUAAUUAAUCUUAUAUUAAGCUGUAAAUUCUCUCUCUGCUAAGUAAGGAAAAAGACAAUUGAAAACAUAUAAAUUUUUCUUGGGGUCAGAUUUAAAGGGAAACUGCACGCUGUCAGUGAUUGGCUGCAGUUACGCUUGCAUCAUUAGUAAGAGGCGAUAUAUAAAACUCGUCAUGGUCUCCCCCCUGAUUCUGACCGUCUUUGUUUCCUGUCGUCCCCCCUGCAGUCUCUGAAGUAGUGCAGACCUUACAGCUGUGUGCAGACAGAGACCAGUCAGAUGUGGUAGGAGACCUGUCUGUCUGUCUGGACGGCAUGACUGUCGACCCUGAGAUGUUCGCCAACGCAGAAGCCGAUCAUCACAGUGAGUCACGGGAGAGCUGAGCUGGGUCGUACAGGAACAUACAGGCUUGUUUGAAUACAGUUGAUAGAGUUACUGCACUUGUUUGUAGUGUUUCCCAAAUUAAUGAGCUCAUUUAUUCUGCUAGUGUCUUGUAUUAGUUAAUCCAAGUUUAUUUUUCAUUUAUGUUUUUCUUUUAUUCCAGGUACAUCAAAUGGUGAAACUCAACCAAAUGGUGAUCACGGUGUGAGGUAGAGUAUUUAUUCUCAUCCUUCUUUGAGCCUUUAUCAGGUCAAAGUCCUUUUGUUCUUUUAAAAAUCUGCUUUAUUUUCUGCUUCUUCUCCUGCAGGCGGAGUCGAGACAGCUCUCCAGCUGUUGACGGUGUAGAGCACAGAGCCUCUCCAAGCGGGCGUAGGGCAGCAAAUAACACAGGGUCUCCCUCAGUGUCAUCUGGGGGUUCCAGGCCUCUAAGACCGCCACGGCCCUCCAGACCUCCUCCCCCGACCCCCCGCAGACCUGCAUCAUCACCAGGUCAGACAUUUACAGAAAGGAGGGUGCGAGGUGUUCAGAACCAGGAGGGAAACAAAGGUCAGACACGCGUCUGUCUGCAGACUUUGUAACAGUCUAAUCCAUGUCAAACAUUUACACUGAGGCUGGAUGAGCAGUCAGGCUAACAGGGUACUCACUGACACAAACAUGUGUCUGCUUAAUGUACCAAUCAAACGGUCAAUUCCUCCACUCAUCAUUUGGAUUUUAUUGUCAACUUAAGUGUUUCAGGUGGAGCUGAAAACCAGGGGAGAGGACUGGGCGUGACAUGAGGAAUAGAGGCUGCAGUUCCUGUUGAUAUGUGUCAUAUUUACCAAAGAGGCUGAAAUCUGAAUAAUCCAACCCCAAAGCUCCUUGUAGGAGUUCUUAGCUGGUUAUGAAAUUAAACUCAUUUCUUUUACUGACAAAAGCAACAAGACAGACAGUUUUUAAAUCAUAAUUUGAAUGCCUGUAGCUGUUGUGAGGGGGAAGAUGUGAGCCCAGACAUGAAAGCACAGGGAAAAAAAGCAGCCUUUGUUCAACCUUUUCCAUAGUUAAUACUCACAAUGAGUGACGCAUUAACUCUUAAAAGAAAGCAGAAAGCAGAUAGAUUUUUUUUUUAUCUUAUUGAACUAUUAUUUUAUGUGUCUACAUCACUCCUCGUUAGAGGGGCGUCAGUAUCAACACAAAUGUUAAGUACCUCAGAGAGGGUUUAAUGAAAGUGUAUCGUAGGCAUGCUAAAUUAGCAGUUAAGACUUAUAAGGCACUGUAGGGAGCAUUUUUAGUCUUAUUUUGAAAUAGUUUCACUCUUAAGGUCCUUACACACCGGGGCCGACGCGAAUAUAGAAUGCGAAAUUACGAAAUAUUCAGAGGCGAAUUUUGACACGCCUGACUAUACACAUCAAGCCCAAUGCGAUUUUGCGACUUUCCGGGGGGAAAAAAAGACGCGUCCCGGGUGGACGCGAGAAAACUGAAACAUCAGCAGACUGACUGUUUUCAGUUCUGAUUAGACACUAGUGUUGAGAUGGCUUUCUGUCAUGAUAGCAUGUACUGAGUUGGGGCCAGUACCAGAUAAGCACAUUAAACUUUAAUCCAUUAAGGUAAGGUAACAACCGAGACCUAAUGGUGCUGUGACAGCAACGCGAUUGAGUUUGAGACCGUGAAAAUACACAUGGUAUGUUGUACCUGAACAGGUUAGCCUACGAGCAAAAGUUACUUAGUACAGAUAAAAGUUGCAAACUGUUAAAGCACACAAACCAUCGUCAUAUGAGAAAUCUGACGCUAUGACUCUCCACAAGUUGUCCUUCAGAUCGUUAUCUGUGUAAUGUUUGUGUCUUUUAUCAAAAAGCACUCUGUUCUCUGACACGUUAACAAUAAGCUGGUUGGCCAGCUUAUUGGCCAACCAAUAAGCUGGUUGGCCAAUAUGAAUCAGACGUCACAACAACAUGCAAUCUGAUUGGUCAGAAGUGGACACAGAGUAUAUGAAACUAUAGAAAAAUUGACCAUGAUCCGAAAAAAUAAAUGCCACAAUAUCGCAGGAUGUAAAAACGUCACUGAUGUGAACGCUUGUAUUGACAGGAUACAGGUUCGAAAAAAAAUAUUGACGUCUGAAAUAAUCGCAUGAAAAAAUCAGUCCCGAUGUGAAAGGACUUUUAAACUGAAGACUCUUUAUGAUCCACAAAGUAAAAUGCAGCAACAGGAUUGAUCAGUUUGGCAAACUUGCGAAGAAACUUUGGGUUUGUGUCAGCUGUGGCGCCCACUGUGGACGAGGCUCUCUGCUUAUCCUGUCUGCUUAUCUAGGCAUUAAAAAUUAUCAUAAAAACAUCAUUAAUCUUGUCACUGAUAAUCUUGUUUGCUUUUGGAUGUCAUUGAAAUGCAUCAAUAUUAAUUUCAGACUAUUUCAUAAGCUUAAAAAAACUCCUCAUAGGAUCUUUAAUCAAAUUUAAAAAGUGCUUUUUGGACCUGAUGGAGUCUAAUGGAUAUUAUUAUCUGCUCCCUCAACAGUGAGGGAGCAGAUAAUUAACAUGGUGGAUGUUAAUGCAAGCCCUUAUUAGAAUAUAGAAGUAACUUCAAUUCACUAAUGGUGCACAGGAUUAGUUUUCCAAAGCAAAAUCAGUGUCAGCUCGAGCCUCAUUUGUAAGAACUAUUAGUUUCUUCUUUGUGUUGUGGUUUGUUUGUUUGUUUUUAAUCUGUAAUGACAAUCCUGAUUUAUGGGUGUGUGUGAUUUAACUCUGUGGUUUCUGAUUCCUCCCUCAGCAUUAUCCAGCAAUGGCUCAGCACCAGGAGACAGCAGCGACGGUCAGUCCGUCCCUGCUACACCAGUGCGAACAGCGACCUCAUCAGCUCCAGACUCCAGUCCAUCUUCAGGCUCAGACAGGAACUCUGGAGCUGCAGCAACCAGACAGCCAACUAGCAGCAUCACCCCAGCUGUCACUCCCAGAGUCCCCGUCAACGCUGGACCACUGCCCCCGGGGUGAGCUCUCAUUUUCAGAUCCUUCCAGAAGAGCUUCCCUUGGUGGUGAAAAUGCAUCUGAUGUGUGUUGAUAUUAACAAGAGGAGUUAUGAUCUGAUCCUCUCUUGUCAUGCUAUGAAGUAAUGUCAUUCAUAUUCAUUCAUUUUGUAUAUAUUCAGAGUUUUGGUCCAAAAUUCUUCUGUGGCAUGACUCCUCAUAAUAAACCUGUCAUCCCUGACGUGUUUGAAUGCAUUUAUGCUUUUAUUUUUGUAACUCGGCCUGCUGUGAAAUUAAACGCUCUUGUAGGAGAAGUGAAUGCUCAAAGUUUAUCGAGCAUUUCUGACUGGAGUUUCUUUAAGUUGCAGUAGGAGCUGGAGGAUGUGUGAGGGGAACAAUGAAGUUGCAUUUCUGGUUGGUUUGGUUUCAAAUUCGCCUCAAAGUUUUGCUGAAAUUCUUAUGAGGACAGUAACAAACAUGCACACAAAGCAGGUUGACAAACAUGAGAAAUAUGUUUUCAGACUCGGAGAGAAUAUUAUUACUAAUAGGAAAAAGUGAUUGUUGUUUCUUAGCCUUUACAGAAAACCACACAGGUGUGUCUGUACAUGCGUAAAAUCAACACAGUUUAAACCUCUGGCAUUUACAUUGUUACUGCGGUUGUGACUAACCGACUCCAUUGUCAUUACUGCUGCGUGAGUGUCGUCACCGAGACAACAGUGCGACUUUAACCGGCUCUUUGCUGCUUUUGAACAGGAUGACUCAUGUUGUGAUGGCUGCUUGACAUCAUGAUUUACUGCUGCUGUUUUAUCUUAGGUGGGAGCAGAGGGUGGAUCAGAACGGCAGGUUGUAUUUUGUCGAUCACGUGGAGAAGAGGACGACGUGGGAGCGCCCUGAACCACUGCCCCCUGGGUAAAAAUCAUAGCUCCUCCCUCCGUCAUCUUCCGUCAGUCUGUUUUAAUAGAUACUGCAGAAAAUGUGUGGUGUUUAUGCCUUUUUCAAGGUCUAAUAAUGAGACGGUUUCUCCAUCUUUAACACAGUUGUUUAGAGAUUCUUCUCCACGCUCUGUUGUAGGAUCUUUAUUAACCUUUAACCUUUAUAAAAGUCCACACAGCUUCAUUAUUUUCUCACACGUGUGUUUUACCAGCCUUGUUUAUCACAGCACAGGAUGACCACCAUAACUUUUUACUACCUUCAAAACUUUAAUAUUUGUUUUCAAAGUUUUAUGGCAAGUAGAUUAUAAAAUUCAAGUUUACAGUGAGAUAUAAACAAAUUUCCCAGAGCAGUAGACAGUGUCCUUCAGCGCUGUGCAGUUUAGUUAUUAACAAAGCCGUGAACCCUGCAGAUAAGUGAGCUUCCUCCCUGAUAUUGCAAGGGCAUUCACCUUUUUAACUUUCGUUUCUGUCUGUCAGUAUGAUUUGCUUUGAACAUUUUUCAUCUAGUUUCUCUUUCCUGUUCACUACAUUGACAAUAUACAUUAUCACUGAGCUGUGGUGCAUUAACUGUCUGGAUAUUUCCACUCCCUUCCUUUUUUAAACCAGUUAUUGCAGAGUGUGUUUACCAUAGCACCAAUCUCUGCUCAGUCAAGGUUUUUUUAAAUGUUAAAAAUUUUAGAAAAUCAAAAUUUUGACAGUGGAGUUUUAUAUUACCUUACAAAACAUGCCACAUUUUUUUGGGUGUCUAUGGAUAUGAGCAAUCAUAUAAUUUAAGAACUUUUUAUAUUUAAAAAGAUCCAGUUUUUUUUCCCCUAGUUUCUAGGAAAAAAACUGAAAACCUAAUUUCAACAUGAGAAUUUUUUAUUAUUUUAGUAAUAUGUGGGGCUGAUUGUCACUGGAAUAAAAUAUAAGAAAUAUUUUUACUUGAUUUUACGUACAUUGAUUCACAACAAAAAUGUAAAUUUGAUUUAAAAAAAAAAAGACUGUAAAAUUCUUAAAUUUUGGUUUUAAGUCAAAGACUGUGUCAGAUAAAGACACCCUUCGUGUUCGCUGACUGUGAAGCUAAAGGAUUUGGAGCUCCCCCUACUGAUUGGUUGCGGUAUAGGACAGUGUGGACUAUAUUGAUCUGAGGGAUCUUUGACAUUUUAUUGCUAAUAUCAGUGCAUGUUUUGGUCUGUCCUGCAACUCUACCAGCCUUGUUACCUCUGAGCACUUCUGAUUAUUUGCGGUUCUUCUUUUGCAGCUGGGAGCGUCGUGUCGACCAGAUGGGGCGGGUGUACUUUGUCGACCACAUCACAAGAACCACCACAUGGCAGCGCCCUACGAUGGAGACGGUGCGUAACUAUGAGCAGUGGCAGCACCAGCGCAGCCAGCUACAGGGCGCCAUGCAGCAGUUCAACCAGAGGUUCAUAUUCGGGGUGAGACUUCCUCUCUGUGAUCUGAUACUGUGAUACUAAAUAUAUCUGCAUGUGGUGACUAGAAUAACUGGUAACAGCUGCUCUUUCUUUGUCUGUCACAGAGUGCUGUUACCCAGUUUUAUAAAUUAAUAAUUGCAUUACAGCCAAAACACUUAAGUUGUGAUUUUAUAUGUAUUUUUGAUUCAUAUUUUCUGAUUGUGUUUCAGGUUCAAGACCAGGCAGCAGCCACUCAGAAUAAGGAGUUUGAUCCUCUGGGGCCUCUGCCACAUGGAUGGGGUAAGAUCUGCAGAGAUGUAACUGAAAGGCUGCUGAGACAUUUUACUGGCGUGGGUUAAAGUAGUACAUGUUACAUUUUUGUUUCAGGUUUUAAUCAUUUACCUUUAUUUAUAUGUGAGUGCCUACAGCUUGAAUCAUGAAAUAAUUGGCUGUGACGUUGUCUUUUCAGAGAAGAGAACAGACUCUAAUGGCAGAGUUUAUUUCGUACAUCACCCCACACGGACGACACAGUGGGAGGACCCACGGACACAGGGGUAAGGCUUUGUGAAUAUUUGUCUCUAUUAAACUCCUCUUAAAACUAUUGGCCUCUGAAUGUUGUAACCUUUUUUUUCAGGCUGCUGAAUGAGAAGCCGCUUCCAGAGGGCUGGGAGAUGAGGUUCACUGUAGAUGGUAUUCCUUACUUUGUUGACCACAACAGAAGAACGACCACCUACAUCGACCCUCGCACUGGAAAAUCCUCACUGUAUGUCUGACAUUUAUUUUCUUCUGUUGAAGUGUUGAGAUUUAAAGGUGACACUGCAGGAGUUAGUAGUUACAUACAGACUCAUCCGUUAAUUUGUGGAUCUUAUUGAAUGUUUUCUUUGAAUGAGCAACAAAAUCCUGUUUCCUGUUUUGAAGUUAAGUCAUGAAUUAAUUGAAAGUAAAUUUGAAUGACAGCUGAACAAAUGGACAUGAUUACAUAAUGGGGAUGUUUUAUGAGUUACCAGAAGAGGCACAAGCUUUUGGGUUAUUUUUGGACCCUGUGCUUAUUUAUAGCACAAAUUCGUGUUUUUUUUUAAAGGACAGUUAUCGUCAAUAUCGGCAUUAUUGCGUUCGCCAUUCUGUGAAUGAAUUCCUGCAGCUACAGCGUACCGUUUGCUGAAGUACGGACGAUAGCUGAAGAGGAGAGGCUGAAAGUCUCAGAAAUAAAAUGUCUUUAAAUGAAGAGCAAAAACUAAAUCUUGAGAGAUCAGUUCAUUUAAACUGCUAUAUUUCAAUACAGCAUGUUUCCUCCAAAUUUAGUUUGAGUUAAACCACCAGAAAGCCCAGGAUGUACUCUUUACUAUGAUUAUGGAGCUUCAGUAUCCUGUACUGUGGUGAAUGAAAUAUAGUCCUCAGAGUCAUGAUUCCCACAAAGACUCGAAAUUAAUUGCAAUAUAUCUAGACUACAGCUUGAUUGAGCUGUAUAAUUUCAAAGGAGACCAAUAAGAUGCUUUCAAAGGAGGUUAACCUUGUAUGUAGACUAGAAGCUCCCUUCUUAUUAAAGCUUGGAGUCUCUGCUGAUCACCACCCUGACUUUAGUCUUUCCAGCAAGUCUGCAUACCAGAAAUGAAUGAGUGAUGUGUGUUUCCAGGCAGGGAAACCCGACUAGUGCUAAUGCUGCUAACUAACUUAUUAAAUCAAGUCUGUGUGAAAAUGAAAAAGUUAAACUUUCAUCACUCUUAGUUUUUGACUCUGUGGUGAAUAUACAAAAAAAAAGAAAAAGAAAAAAUUCUGAAUCUGUGUUCUCCCUAAAUUAAAACUCAAGGUGGAAACUGUCCUCCAGCAUGAAACUCUCAAACUUUAUCUCAAACAUUCCUCUGCUUUGAGAUCUUGUGACGCUUCAUCCUGAUGUGACUAAUGAGUCACCAGAUCCCCUUUGCUUUCGCUCUGUCAGUCUGACCGAUGUAACACCUUAGAUAACUCCCUUCGAACAACAUAUGUUCAAAACAUGACUCAGGAGUCAUUACUUUGGUUUCAGUGUCGGGAGAACCAGUUUGGUGACUUUGUGACUGUAUGAAGCGACAGGAACAGACACAUAAUAGACAAACAUUCCUGACAUUUUUAACCUGCUGUUGUAGCAGCUUUGAGCAAUGAACUCAAAAAAAGGAAAAUGCUGCAUAAAAACAGCAGCAGUUAUCAUCUCUGACUCAAUGACCCUUUAUUUACAUCACUGUGGCAUAAUAAUAACUUUAUUAACUAAAUAUGCUCAAAUUAUUGAAAAAAAUAAUGUGUCUAUCUCUGCUUCUUCUCUCUUAAAGUGAAAAUGGACCUCACAUCACCUACGUCAGAGACUUUAAAGCCAAAGUCCAGUACUUCAGAUUCUGGUGCCAGGUGAGUCAGUACAUCAACAGUCAUCUGUCUUUUUUAAGUUAUCCUGAAAUCCAGCUUUUUUAAGUGUUUGGGAAGUAAAUCGAGGGUCAUUUUCCCAGUGGAGGACAAGCUGGUAUUUUAUUGGUUGGCACCCCUUUCUAUCAAAGAAAAGACCAAUCACAGCUGUUGAAGAGCUAGUUAGGCAUUUUGUGUACAUCUGAGAUUUCUACCUUGAUAUUAAACGCUUUGAAUCCACUGUUUGUAUAAAACUUUGCCUGCAAAUUAUCAUAACUCACAUCUGUUUUUUUCUUUUUCUCCAGCAACUGGCGAUGCCCCAACACAUCAAGAUCACAGUGACCAGGAAAACGCUGUUUGAGGACUCCUUCCAGCAGGUACAGUGACCCUGUAUAUUAUAGUGUAUAUAUUUGAAAUAGUGUAAAAUAAAAAUAAUUCAUUCAUAACAAAUAAAUGAAAUAACAUUCAUUUCACCAACAAUCUGUGUUUCAGAUAAUGAGCUUCAAUGCUCAGGAUCUGCGACGGAGGCUGUGGAUCAUCUUUCCUGGAGAAGAGGGCCUCGACUACGGAGGCGUGGCCAGGUAAGAGAGAAAACAGCUGAAGACAAAGGCUUUAUAAUGUGGAGGAGCAUUUUUAUGGGGUUUGAUAACAUUUAUGUUGGGGCUGGGAGCUUUUGCUCAUCUGUCACUCCUCUAUGAGUGAUUACGAAGAUUUUAGUUCACCUUUUUGUGAGUUUAAGAUUAUUUUUCUUCAAAUGUGAGUUUUCUUUGCAUGUAUUCUUAGUUGUUCUUAGCAUUAUAUGUAUUAUAUUAUACAUAACAUUGGUGCAGAUGUAAGUUGUGCGUGUUUCCACAAAUUUCCCUUGGUAUUAUUUCUAUUUCUAGUUCCGAACUUAACUGUUGUAGAAGUUUUGUUUUUAUACAGGAAGGUUGGUCAGUGUAUUUUCUUGUUUUCUCUUAAAUCUUAGUGAUCGUUGUUGUCCUCUCUUCCAGGGAGUGGUUCUUCUUGUUGUCCCACGAAGUUUUGAACCCUAUGUACUGCCUGUUUGAAUAUGCCGGUAAAGAUAACUACUGUCUCCAGAUAAACCCCGCCUCCUACAUCAACCCCGACCAUCUCAAGUAUUUCAAGUUCAUAGGACGCUUCAUUGCCAUGGUUUGUCCGAUUUUUCUUUUUUAUGUUACACUACUUUAAAAAAUUGAAUCAAGCACUGAGCUGUGUGUUUUUCUGCCCCCCUCAGGCUCUCUUCCAUGGAAAGUUCAUCGACACUGGCUUCUCACUGCCGUUUUAUAAGCGCAUCCUGAACAAACCUCUGGCCCUCAAAGACCUUGAGUCGGUGGACCCUGAGUUCUACAACUCCCUCAUGUGGAUCAAGUGAGUUCACAGAGUGGUGUGGAUGGAAGUAUAACUGGGUCAUAGUGUACUUUGACAACAGAUUCAACACUGUGUGGAGCUUCAGUACGUCAGUGCACCUGUGGUCUGUCCCACUGAGGUGCACUUUGACUCAGAUAAAACAGAUGUCAGAUAGACACAAAGCUCUCUCUCUCUUUGACAGCAAUAAGGAAUUUGCUCAGAUCUGUUUAACCUUUUCCAUGUGUGCUCUUAUAAUGGGAGUACCACAGGAAAAAACAUAGACCUCACAGAAAAGUGCUGAUUUUAACCUGUUUGGUGGGCAGACUGUUAUUUCCUGGGGGUCAGAAAGAUGGAGUUUGAGGGGUCAGAAGCAGCGUGACUUCUGCUUUGUCACCUUAGAGUCAUAGAGGAAGUCAGGGGGUUAAAAUGCAGAAAUUAGAAAGCCUUUUUGCUCCUUAUCUUGGCUGUAAUGUGCUACUUUGAAUAUGUUUGAUUAUGCUGAUGUCAGUUGAAGUUUUAAUAUUGACUGACUGGUUUUGGGUGUUCGUCAUUCCAUAACAAUCUUUUCAUUUGCACAUUUUACAUCGAGUCUCUGCUGAAACCAAGCUCUGCUUUUAUCCUGCCUUUGCACUUUUACUUAAAAUAAUAAAAAAAAAACAAAUAUUUGACAGUAAAACCUUGUCGCCCCUGUUAUACCUUGAUUACACAAUCCCAGGGCUGCAAUCCUGUUUGAGUGUGAAUUUUUAUCCCAUAUUAUUGGUCAUUUUCAAAUUACAUUCAGAUUUUGUUGUUUGAUAUGUAUGUACAUAGCUAUCUCGAUGGCUGCACUCAACCAGCUCUCCAUGGUCACUGUAAAUCUGUGUUUCAGGGUCAGAAAAUGUUCUUGUUCAUCACCUGACAUAAACAUUUUGUUUCUUGAGGCAAAGUGAAAAGGGUAAGAUUCAAAAGAAAGUUCAGCAGGAAGCCAAUCCUGCAAGUUUUUUCAUUCAUUCAUGUGAGAGCUGUCCAGGAUACACAUUCAUAAUAAAAGCACUGAGUGGAAACAUAGGCACUCGCUCAAGAGAUUAUAACAGUUCAGGCUUUUACUUUGAAAAGCACCAAGAAAGCGCCUUUAAAGUUUUCUACAUUGGUAGUCAAAUUACUGUUUCUGUAAAGUCUGUUUACUGUUCAUUUUUGCACCAUAAAAUAGGAAAACUUAAGAAAAUAGGAAAAAAUCUAUAGAUACUCACCUUUUAUUAAAGCUGAUAUUUACAUGAAUUAGAAAAACUCCAAAAAGGAACUAUUUUGCACAUUUCUUUUGGGGUGAACAUGGUUGGUGUAAAAAGGACUUUUAGACACUUGAUUGAAGGAGCUUCAGUAGACGUGUGUCCUCAGCAGACACAGUUAUUAAACUCAUCUGAAGAGAUCAUCUGAAAGGUGGAGGAGAAUUUAUCACCACUCACAACAUGUGGGUUUCAACUGUGUGUGUGAAAAAGGCUGUUCUUCCACCAGCUAAACAUUGAUUAUUGGACUCACAACAAGAAAGUAUGCUGGUCUAAGUCAGGUGUUUGUCAAGUUGUAUGUCUUAGGUCACACAAGUGCAUGUCAGAGAAGAGACAGUGCAGCAGAGCAGAGUGUGGGAUGUGCAUCGAUCACACAGCUCGAUCUCCUGGGAGUCACAGUCAGUCCCCCUCUAUCAGUGCAGCUGUUAAUCCUAAACAGACAGCUUGAGGAGACAAAGAGCCAAUCUAUCACUCUGAGGAAGAAAGCCUGUGACCUUCUGUUCUUGGCUUUGCAGCCAACCCUGAAACUGUGAAUUGACUGGUUGAAAGAACUACAGUGUAGUUACAGUUGUGCCGUCUUUGUCCAUUUUUCCUUUAGGGAUAACGACAUUGAGGAGUGCUGCCUUGAGAUGUUCUUCUCUGUCGACAAAGAGAUACUGGGAGAAAUUUCCACCCACGAGCUGAAACCUGGAGGAGGUGACAUCCAGGUCACUGAAGAGAACAAGGAGGAGUACAUCAGGUGGGCUGCUCUGAGAUUUAAGUCAGCCUUUUUGAUAUGAUUCAUACUCAUACUCCUGGAGUCUUGGACUGGUUAUGAAAAUGAGGCCCACAGCUCCCUCCAUCAGAACUGUUUCUGCCUUUGUUGAGGUGAGUUUUAACACCAAUAUGUUUGCCUCUGUCUCCCCCUGCAGGCUGGUAGCAGAGUGGAGGUUGUCCAGAGGAGUGGAGGAGCAGACGCAGGCUUUCUUUGAGGGCUUUAAUGAAGUCCUCCCUCAGCAGUACCUGCAGUACUUUGAUGCUAAAGAGCUGGAGGUGAGGAAGAGCUGGAAGAGGAGUGCAGAGAACAGACCUCAGGGGUAUCAGGGUUUGACUUUCAUGUGAGUCACUUCUUUCUUGUUGCAGGUGAUGCUGUGUGGUAUGCAGGAGAUCGACCUGACAGACUGGCAAAGAAACACAAUCUACAGGCACUAUGCUCGGAGCAGCAAACAGAUCAUCUGGUUCUGGCAGGUUGGUUUGCACCAAACUUGGGAACAUUUAGGUGUUACUAACCUCAUACAGAGCUGUCACUUUACUUAAAGUCAUGCUUGUGUGUAUCAAUAAGACAUUUUCUGAAUUGAGCAUCAUAGAAUUAUAACUUUUUAAAAGAUAUGUACAAUGAAGUCUUUAUGUAUCUUUAUAACCAGGUAAAGUUGUGAGAGUAAUAAUGUGAACUGAAAAGGCUACAUUUCUCUUGGCAUUAGGGUUCAAUUCAUUAUAAACCAUAUCAUUACUAGGGGUGGGAGAAAAAAUGGAUACAGCAUUGUAUCACAAUAUUUUGUCUGGUGAUAUAUCGUAUCGUCUCAUUUACCAAGUAUCGAUUAUUUCAAAUUAAUCGUCAAUAAGAAAUCAAAUCUAUGAUAUUGGAAAAAUAAAAGUUGGCAGAGGUGACAUUAUAGAGAAGAAGAAAGUUAGUACAACAAAUAUAUCAGGUUUGCAAGAUGUGCGACAUGAAAACAAUAUACUGUGUACAUAGACAAACAUAAAGGAAAAUACAAAUGCUAAAUUAACCAAACAGCUGAAAAAACUGUACAAAAUCGCAAUUUAUUGUAUCGCAAUGCUCACUGUAUCGUAAAAUGUUAAAAGUUGCAAUAAUAUCUUAUCGUGGCCCAAGUAUCAUGAUAAUAUUGUAUCAUGGGGCCACUGGUGAUUCCCACCCCUAACCAUUUCAGGGCAUCAUUGAUCACUGCGUUUAACACUUCAUAAUGCUGAAAGCCUCCAAAGACACAAGAGACCGGUGUUCGAAACAUAAAAUGCUACGUCUGAUAUUUAGAGCAUGAUAAAAUAUGGAUUUGAAGUUCUGCCCAUCUUUGGAUUAACAUACAUACCACUUUAUUUCAAAGCUGGCUUUCCUCUGGAUUUAUUUCCACAAAUAGCCAGCUUUGCGGUUGGCAAAUAUUCACAUUUUCCAACAGGAUUAGAAAAUAGGUCAUGAAAUAGGUUUUGGGGGGAGAGGGGAGUAAAAAAAUGGCUGCUGUCAUAGAAAAGCUUCCUGACCCCUGUUGCUUAAAGUAACUCCAGUUAAGUUUCCAUAUCAAGCUGCACAUAAAGUUAGUUAGAAAUGACAUUACAACCAACUUGUUGAUUAACAGGACAUAAAAAAAUAAGCAAUAUUCUUCAUACUUUUAAAUGAAUAUUUUCUUGAAUCAAUGAUUUGUCAUUUGAUAUGAAGUUGUGUUAAACAGAGUUAUUCUGCUCUACAGUUCAUAAAGGAGAUGGACAACGAGAAGAGGAUGAGGCUCCUUCAGUUUGUCUCCGGUACCUGCAGACUUCCUGUUGGAGGCUUUGCUGACCUCAUGGGUAAUAAUUAUGAGCAAUUUUGAGUCUAUUCCUCAUUUAUAUAUUCUGUUGGUGUAAAAGUGCAUGUGGCACACACAUAUUUAUAUAUGAUUCGGUAGAUUAGACCAUUUUCAGGUCCUUGCUUUCAUACUGUUGAUGUCAGUUUAUUGGGAGGUGUUUAAAUUUUCAAGGACAGCACAGAGGGCUAAAUUUAAACCUCACAUUAAACUUGGUGUUACUAUUGCCUGUAUUUAUAACAGCUUGUUAAAUGAGAUCACAAGGUAAGGUAUCAGUGGGAUCCCUUCAUGUUCCUCUUUCUGUUUUGUAUGUGUCUCACUGAUGAUGUGUGACCUUUACUGAGCUGAGUUUCUCUUCACAGGAAGCAACGGUCCUCAGAAGUUUUGUAUUGAGAAGGUUGGAAAAGAAAACUGGCUUCCAAGGAGUCAUACAUGGUGAGUUCACUUAAACCACUGUGAGUCUGCAGCAGACUGACUCUGUCAGUCAACGUAAGCAUCAAGACUUGUGACAAGUGAUAGAGAACAAGCACAAACCUAAAAGCUUGGACUGCCAAAGGGGAACUGAACUGAAGGAUUCCCAAUAAGAAACAAAGCAAAAGCUUUAAUAACAAGGGUGGAUGGUUCAUAGGAAAAUGUAGUUCUUUACUAAGAGACAUCCGACUUUGAUUUAACUACUACAACUUUUGUUUCCCCUCCUCUAGCUUUAACAGACUGGACCUGCCUCCCUACAAGAGCUACGAGCAGCUGAAGGAGAAGCUGCUGUUUGCCAUUGAGGAGACAGAGGGCUUUGGACAGGAGUGAGAGGGAACUGUGUGAAGUUAAAAACAACCGGAAGAGGAGGAGGAGUCUGAAGGAAAAAAAAGACCACAAGUGUUAAAUUCAGGGAGCCUAUAGAGAAGAGGCGAGUGUCAGGUGUGCUUGUGCGCAUGCAUGCAUGCACACACCUGUAUGGUCCCUUUAUGGGUGUGUGUAUAUCAGACUGUUGCCUGCAUGUUGUUGCAAAGCAGAGCUGGGAUUGUUAUUUCUACUGCUUUGCAGCAGGUUUGAAAGUGUUGUCCUCUUUUGAACCAAAACUCUGAGCUGCUCCUCUCUCAGAAUGUGCGACACAUUUUGCAUGGGAUCCUGAAAACUCUCCCUCUAUCUGACAUCUGUUUAAGGGAAUGCAGUUUUGAUGUUUCCUCCAUACUGUGAUCAUUUAACAACAGACAGCAGGGUGAGCAUGGGGUUAGAGUCAGAAUCUCAUCGCUGUGUCUUGUUGAGGCAUCUUUGACACCAGGAUUUCUUUGUAUUAAGUUGCUCUGCACUAAAGCCUCUGAUAAACAUCAGAGUGGAAGAGGGCAGGAUUGAGGGUGUGUGUGUGUUAUUUUUCUAAACAGGGUUAAUUUACCAAAAAUCAAAUGUUGUUACUCUAAGAUUGUUUGUUGCAUUUGAAUGAGUUUCAUCUAAUUUCUUCAUCCGCCUCAGUGUCCUAUCCUCAGAUUUCCCUCUUUCUCACCACUUGACAAAGGUUAACCUUGGUUUUUAGAAAACAAUAACACAUACAAAUAUGAAAUAGAUUAACUUCUGAAUUAAUGAAAGUGGAGGGAUCACUAUAAACUCUAUUAACAGACAAUCUCUGUGCUUUAAAGAGAUUAAGGAGACUUGAACAGCUUCUGGUUUUGAGGUAUUUGAUCUGUGAAUCGCUUAAUGAUUGUGAAAAGUGUUGAAACUCCAUUUUUUUAAUGAGGUGGGAAAUUAUAAAGAGAACUUGAGUGGACCCUAGUUUUAUAGGGCCAAAGUUUGUGUGUCAUGAUGUAAAAUGGGAUUAGAGUAUUAUGAUAAAAUGCUAUAAAUUAUUCUUUUAAUCUCAACCAAAUUUAUUUUACACUGUCUCCGUUAAAUCUUGGGAUGGUCUGUCUCCAUUUGGAAAAGGAAAGUAUUGAAGGAUUUUCAGUCAAGACGAACGUAAAUUUAUGCAGUGUGAGACACAAGACCAGAAAAUGCCAAAUACAACUCAAACCAAACUCAUUUUUAGGAAAUUAGGUCAGAUUUUAUGCAUGCAUAUUUUGCAAGACUAAAAGCAAACUGAAUUCUGCUUCCCAAACACAUAUAGCAUAAUUUUUCUGUUGGUCAGAAAUUCUAAAAAUGAAAAAUUUAAAUAAAGUUUUACCACUGAGUAUUUCCUCCUCACAAUUGCCAAAAGAAUAGUGAAGAAGUAUUGUUGCAGGAUAUAAAUUGUUAAUCUGGUAUUAAUUUUAAAACAGUACAUCUAUGAUUAAUACCCUUUGGUUUGGUUUUUCUGAUUUUAUACAACUGCUUCUCCUACAACGAGUAUAAGAAGUGGACGCAUAAAUUGGCGUUGAUGUUUUGAAGCGUAAAGUUUCCCUUUUGGUUGUUCGCAUAAAGUUUCCCCAGAACCAAAAGUGACUGUAUUUGGUCCUCAUAAGAGGUGAACUCCUGCCAAGUUUUCAGCCGGCAGAUUCCUCUCCUCUUCAGAGUGGAGGAUGAAGAAUCCAUGACUUCAGGGGAGAGUAUCAAAUUUUGAUCUGGCACAACACGAGACAAGUUUUCCCUUGUCCAUCUUCAUUGGGCUACUGUGAAUUUUGAUAACGCUGAAAAACCUCUGGCUAGAAAAAAGGCUUUUCACAAAAUGCACAUACUGGAAAAAAUGAACUGUCUCCACUUUAGUAAUAAGCCCUCAUACAAUUGAAUUCCAAUUUAAAAGUGAGCUCGAAAUUUUAAAAAGGUUGCCCCCUGCUGGCUACUAGGAAGAUUGCAAGCUUCAGACAUUGUCGUCCACCUUUAAUACAGAGUCUAUGCUUCUAAACAGCAGUACCAUCUUUCCAGAAGAGAUAAAUUGAGUUUUUGAUUGUGGUUUCUUAUUUUGGAGUGUCUGUUUUUGAAUUGAUUAAUCAAACACUAAAAAAAAAAACAAAAAAAAAAAACAGGUGUGGUUACUGAGGAACAUUGAAAUGUAGGUGUUGAUUAUAUUACAGAGAAACACCAUUUUCCCUCCACCUUCGUGUGUGCACCAUGCCAGGAAACUCUGUCCUGUGUUUCCAAUGCACAUCGAGGUGGUCUGUCAUGUUUGUCAUUAGCCUUCAGGUAGCCUUAUUUGUACCCUCAGGCAUCAGGUUUCCAGACUAAGAGGAUUUUGAUAUGUUCUUUUGAAGAAACUGCACCAGUGUUGCAAAGUGAGAAGACUUAAGCUGAUGAACUGUGGCUUUAACUGUGACGUCAGCUGAGGAAAUGACUACUGAGAUAAAUUCAGUGUGAUAAAAUGAAUGUAUCAUGAUAAAAAGAUGAUUGGUUAAGUUGCUUAUUUACAUUUUUGCCUCAGAUUUUUAUCCCAUGCUGAUGAGUGCUGUUUUAAUCUUAUUCUGGUAAAAAUCCUGUGGUCAUGGUAAAUAAGAAAAUAUGUAAAUAUCAAAUUACAAAAAAAAACAGCUUUUUUUUUGUUGCUCCAGAGUUUUCCAUGUACAACUUAACCACUGUCACUUUCCUGUACAUGAAGACAAGUUGUAAAUGGUGUCAAUAACAAAUUUUCUUUUGUAAAAGAGAGGUUUUAAUAAGAGGUUUAUGGUAUAACACUAUAUUUUCUUUUCCCUGGUUUAAUUUCUGAUGUACAUGCAAGAUGUGUAAUAUAGAAAUUGUCACCUUAAUAAAUUAAAUCAAAACAUGUGACUGUGUUUAUGAUGAAUAAUCCACAGAGAAGUGUCAUUUAUUUAUUCGUAUUUUUAAAAAUCUGUGAAAUUUUUAGAGAAAGGAUAGUUUCUGUAAUCUAUGGUUAUUCAAAAUGGUUUUUCCUUUUAAGAAAUCUUAUAUGUCUGUAGGAAUUAACCAAAAAUCCCAAAACUUGACAGGUAAGGAUGUAACUUUCAAAAAAUUUUAUAAUUAAAAAGAUCACCAUUUUUAUCAAAAGGCGAAGCCAAAUGAUUCCACUCUCAA